AUGACUUCUGUCUCUCUUCUCUCUGCCCUGAAGCUCUACGUAUCAUCGGACCUGGGGAAGAAGUGGACACUUCUGCAGGAGCGCGUGACCAAAGACCACAUGUUCUGGGCUGUGUCUGGGGUGGACGCUGACCCUGACUUGGUCCACAUGGAAGCCCAGGACCUCGGAGGAGGGUUUCGCUAUGUCACCUGCCAGAUCCACAAUUGUUCCGAGAAGACGCUGACGGCUCCGUUCCCCGGCCCCAUUGACCACAGUUCUCUGACCGUGCAGGACGAUUACAUCUUCUUUCAGACAACCUCAACAAACCGGACCAAAUACUACAUCUCUUAUCGUCGCAGUGAAUUUGUCCUGAUGAAGCUGCCAAAGUAUGCACUGCCAAAGGACCUGCAGAUCAUCAGCACGGACGGGAACCAGGUGUUCGUGGCCAUGCGGGAGUGGUACCAGACGGACACCUACAACCUGUAUCAGUCGGACCCACGCGGCGUGCACUACGUGCUGGUGCUGGAGGACGUGCGCAGCUCCCGGCAGGCGGAGGAGAGCGUGCUCAUCGACAUCCUCGAGGUCCGAGGGGUGAAAGGAGUCUUCCUGGCGAACCAAAAAAUCAAUGGGAAGGUGGUGACACUUAUAACCUACAAUAAGGGCCGUGACUGGGCUCACCUGAGGCCGCCGAGCACGGACAUGAAUGGAAAACCCACCAACUGUGAGCCGGGAGAUGUCCUGACCACCAAGUACCAAGUGGACCUGGGGGACGGCUUCAAGGCCGUGUACAUGAACCUCACGCUGAGCGAGGAGCCCAUCCGGCACCGCUACGAGAGCCCUGGUGUCUACCGUGUGUCCGUCAGGGCGGAGAACGUGGCUGGGCACGACGAGGCCGUGCUCUUUGUCCAGGUCAACUCCCCCCUCCAGGCCCUCCACCUUGAAGUGGUUCCCGUGGUCGGCGUCAACCAGGAGGUGAACCUCACAGCCAUGCUGCUGCCCCUGAACCCUAACCUCACCGUCUUCUACUGGUGGAUCGGCCACAACCUGCAGCCCUUGCUCUCCUUGGAGAACUCCGUGACCACGCGGUUUGCAGACACAGGGGACGCGCGUGUGACGGUGCAGGCGGCCUGUGGAAGCUCAGUGCUGCAGGACUCCAAGGUGGUCCGUGUGCUGGACCAAUUCCAGGUGGUGCCUCUGCAGUUUUCCAAGGACCUGGACGCGCACAAUCCCAAUACCCCUGAGUGGAGAGAGGACGUCGGCCUGGUGGUGACCCGGCUGCUCUCUAAGGAGACCAGUGUCCCUGAGGAGCUGCUGGUGACCGUUGUAAAGCCGGGACUGCCCACCUUGGCCGACCUGCACGUGCUCCUGCCCCCUCCCAGGCCCACAAGGAAGAGGAGCCUCCCCAGUGACAAGAGACUCACGGCCAUCCAGCAGGUGCUGAAGGCACAGAAGAUCAGCUUCCUUCUGCGGGGCGGGGUCCAGGUCCUGGUGGCCAUGAGGGACACGGACACAGACUCGCAGAGGCUGGGAGGCACCGGAGGCUACUGGGCAGUGGCGGUCCUCUUGGUCAUCGGACUCUUCGCGGUGGGCGCGUUCAUCCUCUACAAGUUCAAAAGGAAACGCCCCGGGAGGACCGUGUAUGCCCAGAUGCACAAUGAGAAGGAGCAGGAAAUGACGAGCCCCGUGAGCCACGGCCAGGGCGUCCAGAGCGUCAUCCAGGGUGAGGAGUUUAUAGAUGAUGAUCUCGACUCGCAGACUCUAG